CAACAUGGUUGCCUUAUAGUACCGUGGAAUUAUGCUGUCUAGCCAUGACUGCUGUCGCAGGGACGAUUUUCAAGGUUGUUACUGCCUCUGAUUAACAAAUCACCACUUAGAAGAUCUCAUAAUUGAGCGUAUAUGUGCUUUGUAAAUCCAGAAAAUCUGAAAAGUCGGAAAAACGUACAGUGAUUACUUGGUCUACGUUCGAAUACAGUUAUUUUGUGUGUGCAUUCCGGUGAUGAUGAAGAUGAGGCUGAAGAAAUGUGUGGAGGAAGGGAAUAUAGAGGAACUCCGGAAACUUUUGGAACAAAGUUCCAACCCAGAAGAAUUGGUGAAUAAAAAGUUUAGACUAAACAAGGUAGGACUCUAUCAAAAAUAUCACUUAAAAUCGCUUUUUCGUGUGUGAUGUUCUAUUUUAAAACAUGGGAACUCCAAGGAAUUUCGCAGUCUUUUACGAACUUUCUGUGACUUAAAAUUACAAGGAAAUGUGUCGCAGCAAGAGGCGAGAAUUGGCAAACAGAUCUUGGGAGGUAAAUUAGGGUUAAUGGGCGAUAAAGAUUGAUUGGUGAAUUUACUUUGUGAUCGACUGGAUGCUCAGAUUCUCUGCCUAAUCAAUAAAACUGAAUAAUUUUUUUAAAUUAUUCACCAAAUAAUGGUGGAUAUUUACCAAGCCAUGAAGUGGUGAGGUAAAUACUAUAUUCACCACUUUCACCAACACUGAGGUUGUUGUCAUGCAAUUUUGUGCCUUUGGCUUCUCAGAAGUGGAUAGUACUUGCUAAUCACUUUCAAACUAACUAAUCAGAUCACACAUAUAAAGCAGUACUAUUUACCUGUGUGGUAUAUACUAAUUUCCUAUAUUUAACAAUGGGAUUUUACAAAUUUGUGUGUUAUAUAUAUAUAUAUAUUUUUUUAUUUUUUUAUUUUAUUAUUAUUAUUAUUUUGACAGACAGCUUUGCACAUAGCAGUAGAAAAAGGCCAUGAGGAGAUCGUAGAGUAUUUGUUGGAGAAAGGAGCAGAUAUACAUGCUACCAAUGAUGUAAGAUAAGAAAGUUAUUCAUAUGUGCUAUAAUUUAAGUUAAACUUUGUCAGAAAAGCAAUGUUCUCAUGGUUGGCUUACCUCUGGGUUUGUGUCCUCUUUGGGCAAUUUUCUUUUGUUGGAGAAAAAACAAUUCAAUACAUGUUACAUCAUUAGCCAGCUUCUGUGACCUCAUACCACAGAAACUUGGAUAUUCUCAAGUAUUAAUGAAUCCCCUAACCUUGCUUAGCAAUAUAGAUCCAGUAUUGGAGUAAUGGGCUAAUCAAUGUGAAGCAUCAGAACCUCCUCCUCCUCCCCCACUCCCCCCCCCCCUUUCUGCUUUCUGGCCCCAGACAGCCCUAUGAGUAUUUGACUGUUGUCUUUGUCCAGGGGGGUGGGGAAUUUGAACAUUGCCUAGCUGGGAUGGAGAAUUUGGAUCGGAAUUGUUAAAUCUAUCCAGCAGAAUUCAUGGGUUUUAUGUUUUUAAAUGGAAGUUUUUAAAUGUGAAUAGUUCACUUUUGCAAGGUCUAGGUUUUCUUGAAGCUUGGAUAUUCAAAUCAAUUAUUGAAUUAUUGCAGGUCAAUAAGUAGAAAUUCAUGGUCACUGAUCUUGCCUUUUCUAAUAAAAUUUACCAUAAAUUCUGGCACUUGGGUAGUGCAUUUAUUAUAAAUACAGUUUUGCCCAGGGAGGGAGGGAGGAAUUUAAAUGAAUCAAUCUUUUAAAGUUCAAAUGCUUGGGGGGCUGGCAGGGGACAGGGGGUGAUAUGUUGAAGCUUCAAUUUGAUCAAUGCCUGAACCAUUAGUGUAUAAAAAGAUAUCAUAUAAUUAUCACAUAAACAUGUCCAGUGAAAUAGCAAGUAAGCUUUUGAAUGAAAAUUUGUUAUCUUUACAGGUGAAAAGGUCACUGUUGCUCUGGUAACUUAUGAAAAUUGCACCUUUGAAAUGAUUUUACUAGUAUUUCAUUGGUGAAUUUUACAGAUACAAAUUUUCCCUUGUUUUGAAAGAUAUUUCACCUCUUUGUUUCGCUCAUUUAUGAAAUAUUUUUCAACAAAUUUGAGAUAAAUUUGGUAUCUCUGCAUGGCCAUGUAGUAUCUUCUAUUUUUCUUAUAACAUAUAGUGUUAUACAAAGAUUUCCAGCCCUGAGAAAAGCCAUAACAACACACAUGAAAAAAUAUGGCUUUUUUUCAUGUGUGUCAGCAGCUGAUUGACAAUAUCAAACACACUUGAAAAAAAAUCGUAUUUUUUCAAGUGUUUGAUAUAGCCAAUCAGCUGCUGACACAUCACUCGCCUUUCACAUCACUAGGUCAGGUUGAUCAAAAACAGCAGAGCCUCCACUCUUCUCAAUUCAUGGUUGUUUAACAGAAUUUUUCUCAGAACAUGGUUACUAAAACACUGAAAAAUCCCUAUCACUUACAGGCAGUGACGUUCAAACUUUCCCAGAAGGGGAAGAAAACCAAAAUACGAAAAGAAAAACCAAAAGUUGCAUAUUUAGUGACGCUGGUGAUGGCAUUUCUCACAGUUGAGAACAAAAAUCGACAACUGGAAUAUUUGCACAGGCCGAUUUUAGCCAUGUACCUUCAGAAAGGACAAUGUCAAUAACUGAAAAUUUUAUUGAAAAUUAUGCCCAUCGUUGUUUUCAUAGAGAUUCCAGCCCUUUUUUUCAUCUUGAGCCUAAGCGCCAAAUUGAAUGUACUUCAAAAUUUUUUAUUCAGGGGUCAUUGAUCCUUUUAUUUUCACUCAUCAAUUAAGUUGACUUUUCUUGCCAAAAAAAAAAAAUUAAGCUCACUGCUGAAGCACUGAGUAUGAUAGAAGAAUUCGUAGCAUUAUUGAACUGUUCUGUAUUCUUUUUAACUCUCUUAUUUAGUUUGGUUGUACAGCUCUUCAUGUUGCUGCAUCAAAUAGAAAGGAAAACUUCAAUAUAGCGCAGCUAAUUCUCAACUGUGAAGGUGUAAAAGUCAAUGCCUUGGAGGAGGUGAGAGAUCAAGAGUAGAACAAAUGCUAUAAAAUUUAUGUUGAAUUGGUUGAUUGUACAGCUGCAAUUAACCCUUUAACUCCCAUGAGUGACCAAAAGAGAAUUUUUCCUCACAAUAUCAAUACAAUAUCAACCAAACAAGUGAUGAGAAUAAAGAAAAAUAUCAAUUUGAGGAUAAUUAGUUGAUCCAAUACUUAAUUCUCUGAACUAACAUUAUAAGAAUUGUAUGGUUGACAUUAAGGAGAAUUAGAAAUUUGAUCUGGGAGUUAAAGGGUUAAAAUAUUUUGGGUUAGAAGGAAUUUGGACUGAAAUGAUUUCAAACCAAGUUAAUCAAUGUCUUUGUACAUUAAUUUAUUAGCAGUUAAUAUGCAAAAUACAAAUUUAAUUACCUUGCAUUAAUUUUGGGCUCAAUUCAUUUUAAACUGCAGCAAACAAUAAUUUAUAACUUUGUUUUACCUGAAUUACAUAUUGUAGAGUAUCAGGUUUUGUGAAUCAAAGUCAACUUAACAUUACCCAGGGUUUGAUGCAUGCAAAUACCUCAUGAUACAUGACUUCACCAAUCAAUAAUAAAUGCUUUGAAGCUUACUGCUACCAAACUUCCUGGCAGAGCUAAAAGGUAGAACUGAAAAAUUCAGCAAAAACUCCAAAAGUAAUCUGCCUGUAGGGUACCAUCAUGUUUAUUUUUAGGAUGUUUCAUGUAUACUUCAACCUCACAUUGAUUUUAUUGCAUGUAUAGAAAUGCGUUAUGUAACAAAAAAUGGCAAAAACUCAUAAAAAUCGUCAAGUCUAGCAAGCUGAUUCUGCAAAUAUAGAAUUAAUCCUUGCAGUUAUUUACACUACUGAACUUGUAGUUGAAAUAAGGCUUGAAAAAAAAUUCAGACCCAUGCAGGAUUUGAACCCAUGACCUCUGUGAUACCAGUGCAGUGCUCUAAGCUGAUUUCACUUAGACAAAUUUGACUAAAAUUUGUCUAAAUGGUCAAAUUUAUGAAUAUUCACUCGGGUUGACAAAAUUUCGUCUUCUCUGACAUUUUCAUCGCUGCAUGCACAUUUGGACAUAAUAAACUGAUGAUUAACACUGGUGAAACAUGAGAUUAUAAGUUGUGAUCAAGUUUGUAGCUACUAGCCAAGUGAAUUACAUGUAUAUUUAAAAUUAUAUCCUACAGUAACUGCAAGCUAGUCACUAAAUACAUUAAAGGUCCCAAGAUGCAAGUUAAUUGAGGUUAAUAAUCCUUUCAUCCCAAAGAGUGGCAGGUCAUGAGAAUGAAAUAAAUGAUCCCCAAUGAUAAAAUUCAGGGUGGUUAAACAAAUUCUCCUCGUUUGUACUGACCAGGAUAAAAUGUGAAACAAAUGGUAGGGAGAAUAGGCUUUCUGAUGUUAGGAUGUAAAAGGUUAUUAAGUGUUUAUAGGUUCACUUGUUUUCAGAAUGAGAAUACUCCACUGAAACUCGCAGCAGAGAAGGGUCACAUUAACAUUGUUAAAAAGCUGAUUUCAAUGAAAGCUGAUGUGAAUAAGGCAGAUAAGGUAAUUGUAAGCUUGUGUAUUCAUUAUGUGAUAACCUUUUUUAUUGUAUUGAAAGGUAGUCCUGAGGUAAAUCCGAGCUACCUGAUUGGUUCUUACUUGGUUCAUAUUUUGCCACACAGACCAUUUCCAUGGAAGUGCUUAUAAGAUGUGUAUUUUUGUUCUCAAAAGCUGGCAAAUUAAAAUUAAAAAAAUAGUUUGGUAAAAGUGCCAUGUAAUAAAAUACCUACUAGCAUCGCUCAUCACUUUCUUGAGCCACACUGGGAAAUAUUUGCUCACACUCAUUUUUGUGUGGACAAUGCUGCACUUGGUCUGUGUUGCCAAGACCUUGGGCUUUUUUUCCCCAGUACAGCCUUCAUGCUCUGUUAAUAAGAAAUUAAAAUCCAAGGAGCAAUGGAUAAUUUCUCCUCAAUCAGUACACUGACACAUAAAAAUCAACUCUAUAAUAUAGCUCAAGACGUUACUCAGCAUAUUUUCUGAGACAGUCUUAACCCUAUUAACUCCCAAGAUCUGAUUGUUAAUUCUCCCCUGUAGCUGUUACACAUUUCCUUGUAAAUUAGUUAUGAGAACUUGGUGCUAGAUCAAGAUAGCAGCUUCUACCUGAUAAGUUUUAAUAUUCUCAUAACCUAUUUGCUGAAGAAUGUAUGGAUAUUGUAGGGAGAAGUUUUAUGUUAAUCACUUCUGGGAGUUAAAGGGUUAAGAAGUGGAUGGCAAACAAAAAUAAGAAUUGAUCUCUUGUUGUUUUUCUGCAACAAUAAUGAUCAAAUCAACAACAACAACAACAAAAACUUUAUUAUUCCCUUUAUCAAGUUUUUUAUAAAUGCUGGAGGCAUUAAACACAUAUAGCAAGUAAUCCUGCAAAAUUGAAAUAAAAAUUUGCAUGUUAAAAGUCAAGAUUGAUUAAAAAAAAUUACACUUGAUAAAAAUUUUAACACAUUGCACUUACUGAGGAAAGAUUAUCGAUAACCUUCAACUUUUUGUUGGUCAUCCUGAAUUACAGAUUUACCCUGCAUGAUGGCAAAGUAGACUUUAGAGCAUAACAACUGUAAUCACUGAAAUAUGUUAUUUGUUUUAUCGCAAGAUGAACAAAGAAAAAUAUUAAAAUCCACCAGAUGUGUGCUCCAGUGCUCUAUCACUAAGUUCCAGGGACCUGGGACAGUGAGUUACACCAUAGCCAGGUUAUAUGUGACUUGUCUCUUGCAUGCUGCCAGGAACAGCAAUGAUGAAAGCACCAUGUGAAAUUUGUUGGUAAAUUUAGAGAGCACAUGAGGAAAUCCCAAAAGUAAUGACACUUUGAAGACAAAAAUUUCAAUAGAGGCAUUUUUACUCUAUCAAAUUAAUGGACUAUUAAUCUGAAUUUUUUUUGCAUUUUAGGGAGACAGCACCCCUCUUCAUGUUGCUGCUAAAAAAAGCCAUGAUCAAACUUUAGAAUUGUUGCUUAAAGAAGUAGAAGAUGGAACCAUUGGGAAACAGACAAAGGUAAAUUUACCAACUUUCAACUACCUUUGGACAUGCAUGUACAAGCUGUAAGCUAAUCCAAAUUCAGGGCAAAUUUUCUAUAAGUUCUAUUGGUGGACAAUGGAAUUUUCCUUUGGUUUUAACAAUGUUUAAGCAUUAUCAAACAACCUUUCAGCCUUCAAUGAACCUUACUGAACAAAGACAUUAUAUAAUUAUUAAUAAAUAGUGGAUUUUCUCUCAAAAUCAUCAAAAUGUGAUUUUGUGAGACUGUUUUUGGGGCAAUUUUUCAUGUGUAAGGAGAGUACAAAGAGCUUUUAACAAGGAUUAUUACUCCAAAGGUAAGGUGGGAUUUCAAAAUCACCUCUCAAACAAUUUUUAUGUUUUUCUGGAGUGUGUGCACAAACAUUUUCAGUUGAACAAUUGAGUGUGUCUAUUUCAAUUCAAUUAUUCAAAAAGUUAGAUUAAUAGACUUAUUGUAAGUACACAUCAUUAGCCCCUAACAAUCACUGUUAAAUCAAAAUUCUCUUGUAGGAAAAAAUGACAGCUCUGCACUUUGCUGUUGAAAGUAAAAAUGAGAGAUGUGUUGCGCUUUUGUUAAACCAAGGUGCAAGUGUCUGUGUUCAUUCAAAAAAUGAGGUAUGGAAACAAGGAUCCAUGUUUCAUAAAAUUACUGGUUAAUAUGCAUAUAAUGCCUGAUUUGAAUUUUCCUAACUUACAAGGAAGUUCCUUUUACAGUAUCAAUACAUGGUCAUGCAGAAUCAGGUCAUGAACUAAAAAAAAAAACAUUAACUGGCAGAUAAUUAUUGUUUGAUAUAAUGUCACCUAAUUAUCAGAGCUGAAAUAGUAAGAAAUGUCUGGCAGACAUAAAUAAGAAUUGAUUUAGAGAUCUUGAAAGUGGUUGGAGAGGACAGGCAUUGUUGCUGCCGGUGGUUGGUGCAUAGUUCUCCAGAUUAAGGCUUAGUCCUUUCUGGAUCUCUGUGUUGUAUUUCCAGACAGGAAACUUUACUCUGAAUGGGGCUCUCUCCUCUCAGGGGUAUAAUUUAACUCAAUGCAGAGAUUCCAUGAAGAAUUGUGUUAAAAUCAAGAGCAUGAUGUUUACGAAAAUAGUUUUUUUCAAGGCUGUUGUACAUGUCUAAGUCUGUGGCAUGUGUGGCACAUAUGCAUUGACUUUUUCUCCUCAAUUUAGGAUGGUUUUUUGGAGGGGAGCGUUAGGGGCUCAUCUUUGAGCGUUCAGUUUAAUUGUGCACAAUAAAAAUGAAUGCACAACCAAUGUGAUCAUUCCACAGAGCUUUAAAAGUCAGUAUUAAUGAUGAUACAGCUAUGAAAAAGUCAUUUUAAAGAACAUUUAUGCAGCUUAUGGUUUUUUCCCAGAAUCUUUUUCAUAAGUGACUGAUCAGCCUGUUUUUCCCAUUCUUAUUUUUUUCACAGCAAGGGCGCACGCCAUUGGACAUAGCAAAUGAUGACCCUAAAGAAAAUAUUAUAGAGUUUCUAAAGGAUCCUAAAAAAGCUAAUGAGGUCAGUUUGCUUGAUUACUGCUAAAACUAAUGUCUUUAAUAUCCUCAAAAGCUGACCUAGGACUAGUUGUUAUAGGGAAAAUCUUUGCUGCUCUUUUAGAUCUGGGGCUGAGUCCUCCUGUCUUUGUCAGAGCAUAAAAAAUGUGAAAGUGGAAUGGGGAAGAGUUGAUGGUGAGAGCAAAGGGGAAAGGACUUUUUUCACCCUCCACCUACCCAUCAUACCUUGCCCUACUAACUGAGAAGCCACCUACAUCUAGUGUAGAGGUGUGGGAUGUGUUUGGGGAAGGCCUCAUUUCUCAAACAGCCUAAGCUUGAUCCAGUAAUUAUGCACAAUAUUGAAAUAAGCCUCAUGGUAGUGUAAGGUUAAGAACUUGACUUGAUCUGACCAAUCCUAGAGUCACAUUUCAUUUCCUCAAAACAAAGUGACAUACGUCAGAAAAACAACACUCUACAAGCAGCUUACAGUGUAUAUGAAAAAUUUUCAUUUUAUUUUUUUACCCUUAUUAUCAUUGACUUAUUCUCUCCAAUUUAUUUUAGUUUCUGGGAAGGCACAAGACAAAAGCACGGCUAGGAAAGGGUGGCUCUGUAGAAUCUGAUAGCAGUAAGUCAUUCAUAAUAUUUCAUAAUAACAUUUUUCAAUAAAUGUGUGGACCAAGUUCAUGAACAACGUAAUCAUAAAGAACAGAAAAAGAAGCCUUUCAAGAGCAUUAUCUGGACUUUUGAGAAACAUGCCUCUGGUUUGAAAACAGGAUUAAGAAAAUUCUCAGUAAUAGGAUAAGAAUUUUGAGAGCACCCCUACUAAGGGGGGUAGGGGAAGUAGGAAGAGUAACCUCCUCCUCAAAUAUUUUUGCACUGGAGGAAUGAAUGAAAAUAAUAUUCUUCAGCUUCAAUAUACAGAUUAACUUUCUUUCAUUUUUUUUUUAUUUUCAUAAGUAACUCCUCAUAAUGCAGCUCAUCAAGGGGUUUUCGCGGAUGCAAUCCAAGGAUUACAAGGAGUAAUUCCACCACUCUCAUCAAAUGGCAGUGAGUUUUUUCAUUGCAUUCCGUAUUCAUGAUAUAUUUUGAAUUGAUGCAGCAUCAAAAGCAUUAAAGAUUCGCAAGUCAAGUGACUCAAAAUAAAUUUUCUGUAUUUUAACUGGCUCAUCUGUAGUUUUGUAACAGUUGUGUUACUUUUGAAAAGAUUUUAACAACUUCUCGUCAGUUUUUCUUUGGUGGUGAUUUACUUUAGAAACGUUAAUUCAUCUGUGGAGAUAGUUCCUUUAAGUUUGUUGUUAUAUUUACCGGUUAACUUUGUUGCAUAUGUCAUUGCAAUUGAUUUUUCAGUUUGGCUCUGUAAUCCCUGUGCGUGGAGUAUCACUAAAAUUAUAAUUAAUGUUUCAGGCACUCCCGCUACGCAAGUGAUUCAAUUCACUGGAGCUGUGAGUAUUCGAAACGUGACUGUCAAAGAUGGGGCGACGGCCAACAUAGACUUAAAAGAUCAAGUAAACAUCACACAACCUAACAGUGGAUCAAAGUAAGUGUAGUGUUGUUUCUUCUUCGGGAGGCUUGUAUGCUGCAAGUUAACACCACCACCACCACCACCACCACCCCCACCCACCCCUUCACCCCACAUUGCCUAAUACUUACGGAUACACCUCUUUCCUUCAUCUUCCCUAUUUAAGGGAUUUUUGUAUAGGUAACAACAUGAUUUCGACAGGAUCGUGCAAUUUGUGGUCUUUGAAAAAUUUACAAGUACUUAUUUACACUAAAUUGCACCCAAAAUCAUAUUGUUACUUGUCAAUAAUUUACAUGAACAACGCAUCACAGAAAGUCAAAACGGACGAAAUUUUGGCAGCGCGCGCGCUAUUUGUUAUUUGCACUUGUGUUACAUGAAAAAUUCUUCCGGAGAGGACGAAAAGGCUCACGUUUGCUUUGGCUUUCCACUGCCAUGGUCAGAGAUCUAAUUCUCCUAACUGGUGAUCUUACAUGUCUGUGAGGGUUUGUCUCUAGAAUGUGAAGCUUUAUUACACCCGUUUUGAAAUCACUGGUGGUCCCUGUAAUCUGAUUGGCUCUGAUUGGUGCGAUUUAUUCACGAAUCCCACCAUUUUUUGCUUUAAAUCACAUCUUUUUCCCAGCCAAUGAGCAGGCCACACUAAAAACAAAAUAACCAAUCAAAAUAUUUGAAGUGACCAAGUCCUAUAUUUGGGCAAUUUCAAAAUAGAUGUAAUAAAGUGGUAAUUGAACCUCGUGUCGAGCAAUUUUGGUUGGAAAUCAUGCUUGUGAUUUCAAAUCGAACUCGCGCUGCGCGCUCCAUCGAUUUUGAAAUCACGCAUGAUUUCAGCCCAAAUUGCACUCCACUCAGUUCAAUUACCAUAAUAAAUCAAACAACAUCAUCCUGUUGAUAAAUGAUAAAUAUCUUGCUUAUCAUAAGCUGUGUCGAUUUUUUAGUUGUUUUGUUUUGUUGCUAUUUUUUAUUAUCAUCAUCAUCAUCAUCAUCAUCAUCAUCCUUAUUAUUAUCAUCAUCAUCCUCAUUAUUAUCAUCAUCAUCAUUAUUUUUAUCAUCAUCAUCAUCAUCAUCAUUAUUAUUAUCAUCAUCAUCAUCAUUAUUAUUAUUAAUCAUUUUUUUUUUAUCUCAGUGCGUCUCCUCAGCAGCACUCUGGUGAAAGUCAGAUUAAUGUUGUAGUGCGUGAUGAGGCUCAUGCAGUUAUUGGUGAUAAUGGCGUUAUGAAUGUGAACACUGCGCCAUCAAGGUAAAGUAUGUUGGUUAACUUCUAAUAAAAAUCACUUGAGCUAGCUUGAAAUCCGUCAGCGUUGCUCACAAAAACUCAACGAGACAAACAUUCGCAUUUUCCUUUUAUCCUUUUUGUCGUGGCGCUGAAACAACGGAAAGAUUUCAACAAACGGAGAUAUUCUUCCUUCUUGAGUUGCCGUCCACAAUCAUGGACGAAUCAGUGUAAACUGGCGGUAUUGGACAAUUUUUUUGCACUGAGGUUAAAACACACUCAUGAUUGCCUUUAGUAUUUACUCGUUGUUCGCUGUUAAGAUGACUUUCGUCAUUACACGUAAGCAGAGUGUGACAUAAUGAUGACAUUAUAUUGACGUAACUCAUGCUCCUCAGAGUUGGAACAUUUGUCAUUGCAAUUCAGGAAGGUUUUUCAUUUAUCAGUUCUAUUGGAGCUGAAAGAACUGUGUCUGUUAUUUCUAAUAACUGCCUUGUUUGAGGAAAAUAGAAACCUUCCUUAGAAGUCGGUUGGUGCAUGUAGCAUUUUAUUUAGUUUUUCUUACAAAAUCAUUUAAGUAUGUUGUACCUCCCUAUACCAUUGAGUCAUUGUAUACAGCCAAAAUCAAACGACUAAUCUUUACAUUUCUCCUAGUACUCCGAGCCCAGGAGAUCAGGAGAAUAGAGAUCCUCAUGGAGGAUGUCCCCCCGAAACAGGGGCACCAGUAGAGAAUUCCCAUGGACCUCCUGAGGCAUCGUUCCCUCCUUUGGAAGAACCUCCCAGGGAAGAAAAUCGCGGAGCUUUAUUGCGUUGGUUUGCAGAGGAGCCUCCCGCAAGGCCAGAUGAUAAAUCGCUGGCUCAACCAUUACAAGAAGAAUUCCCUUCGGAGAAAAGAAGCGACGGUUUAUUCCAUCCGAUACAAGAGGAGUUGUCCCUAAGGAAAGAUCAGAAGUCAUUGCCUCAUCCGAUCCAAGAGGAAUCCCCUAGCGAUAAAACAAAGGGAGCUUCACUCAUUUCAAUUCAAGAAGUUCCUCUCCCAAAGAAAAAUGAACAAUCGCUGGCUCAACCAGUGCAAGAGGAACCCCGAAGUGAUAAGGAUAGCGGCACUUUACCCCUUCCGGUCCAAGAAGAUUGUCCCCUAGGGAAAGGUCAACCGGUGCAAGAGGAUGCUGCAAAGGACGAAGGUAGCGGAACUUCACAGCAUCCAGUUCAAGAAGAUUCUUCCUUAGGGAAAAAUCAUCCAUCAUUGGCUCAACCGGUUCAAGAGGAAGCCCCCAGAGAAAAAGGUAGCGGAGCUUUAACUGGUCAGGUCCAUGGGGAUUUUUCACAGAAUUUAGAGGCACAGUCUGGAGAGAGGGCCUUUCAAGAUGGAAAGUUAGCUGAAGGUGACACACUUCACAGGGUCACUUUGAGGGUAGGACUCUCUUCGCCACAAACGACUCCUCGAAAUCGUGGAGGUGGGAUCGCAAGUCAUCAUAACUCAUCAGAGAAUGCCCGGGCCGAGUCGUCCAUCGGCGAAGUGCCUCACAGAACAGAGCGUCAUUCCAGGGACAAUUCCCCAUCAGCAACGAUCGACCUUGGGGAUUUAGAUUGUCGUCCUGAUGGCGUUCAAGAUGAAAAUCCUGACGAUGACAAGGGAGGUCAUAGAGUAUGCAACUGUAUAGGCAUGUGAAUGUUUAAAACGUUUGGAUGUAGAGAGGUGAUAAAGAAGUGAUAAUUUUUUUUCAACCCCUCAUGAGUAACUAAGAAACAAUUUCUCCUAACACUUUCAGUACAAUACCAAGAAGAAUAGGGUCAAGAUCAUUUCUGCUCAUGCGAUUCGCACGAUGCUGCUUCUGCAAUAAUGCAACUAAUUAGGAGAUUACCUUUAAACCAUCUCACUCGUAUUUAAGCACCAAUUUGCAACACUGACUACUUUUAUCUUUCUUCUCAUUUUAGUUAAGAGAAUGCUGUGUUCAAUCCACCGGAUUGAACACAGCAUUCUUUCUAUUCUUCCUUCUUCUUGUCACCUUUCCGCUCGAAGUUGUAUCGAAAUGUUAAGGAAAAAUUCAAUUUUGGUCUCUCAAGGGAGUGAAAGGGUUAAAUGAGCACUGAUCAGAGACGUAAAGUUUGGUUCUGGUAGAUUUAUUCGUUCUUAGAUUGUGACAGUUUUUUUCCGUAGAAAAAGUAGUAUUAUUUUUUUCUUCUGUGAAGAUAGGUUUCAUUGGCAAAGGAAAAAAAUUUGAAAUUAAUCAGCAUACGAUUUCUAUAUGUUUUUGAAGGAAAACACAACCAAUGAAAUUUUAAAAUUACAAUAUUCUUCUAUAAAGAAAGCCAUGUUAGGAAAUUAGAUUAUCAGAUAUAGUUAUUUAUAGAGCCUAUAUUUAAUACUCUUAGUUUCUAGUUGGGAUUCAGAAAAUCAUUAAGCAUACUUCUCCUCCGAUACGAGAAUAGGUUUGAGAUGGAAGAGAGACCAGACAGAAAGGCUAUGAUACUAUCUUUUUUCAAAACUUGACGCCAAAUUGUUCAACAAAUAUUGUGCACUUAUCAGCCAAGUUAUUGCUCCUUUUUGCUGUUUUCUUACCGGGUUAUUUGAACUGAGAGAGUGUGAAAAUAUACUUUAAUAUAUCGUUUUAUCCCAAGAUAAAGGCGAGACUUUGAAAGCAAGGUGUUUAUUCAGAGCAUGAUGCGAGAAAGUGUCGAAGUAAAGUGUAUGCUGUCCAACAUUUAGUGUGAGUGGUGACCUCACCUGAUGCCGGUUUUGAUGGUGUUCUUGUUAUUUAUUUCGGUUCAAUAAUUUUAAAUUGAAACGAUAUAUUAGACUUUGUACAUUUCCAAUGUCGAAAUUAGGAAGCACCCCGUUGAAUAGUUAAACUCAGAGCUAGAUAAAUCAUUAAUUAAACCGAUGAAAGGGAUUGCAAUUGCCAAUCGAAAGGAACAUUGUAAAACAAAGUUAUGAACCCAUGGCGCCAAGCGCGGGAAAAACGAGUAACCAAUCAGAAGAAAGAUACCAAAACAAUGUCUUGAGCCUAAGAUUUCAAGCUCGGAAAACACACAUGACUUAUUCGUUAUUCAUUAUGUAUAUUCCUCUGAUUGGUUACUCUUAAAUUUGUCCUUUCGUGAUGUGUUAUUAAUCUUUGUAAAACUGUGUUGGAGAAGACACAAUAAAAUAACUUUUUUAGAAAUAUUUGUUAAAUUAGUUACUUGUCGAAAAUGGC